GGGCAGCCAAUCAAAGAGGUCGGCCUGACGGAAGCCUUGAGGCUUCCGGAAGCCGUUCUGAGGUUCUUACCGGAAAGCGGAAGCGGCGCGCAGCACGUGGGGGCGGUGCCGGUCGGAGGGCUUUGAGUUCUGUUGGUUUGUGGGAGGUGAGGCUGCCAGCGGCUACAACCCAGGGCCAGGGGCAGAGCGCAGGGAACUGGAGAGACGCUGCUGAGCUCGGAGACCGGCUGAGCGUCAUGGAGGCCUCUGAGGAGCAACCGGGCCCACGGCCACCGCAUCCCGGGGACCACCGCAUCCGCGACGGCGACUUCGUGGUGCUGAAACGGGAAGAUGUGUUUAAAGCAGUGCAAGUCCAGCGGAGAAAAAAAGUAACUUUUGAAAAACAGUGGUUCUAUCUGGAUAACAUCAUUGGCCAUAGUUAUGGAACCACAUUUGAAGUGACCAGUGGAGGAAGUCUUCAGCCUAAGAAGAAGAAGGAAGAGCCUACUUCAGAGACCAAAGAAGCGGGCACUGAUAAUCGAAAUAUAAUUGAUGAUGGGAAAUCUCAGAAACUUACUCAAGAUGACAUAAAAGCUUUAAAGGACAAAGGCAUUAAAGGCGAGGAAAUAGUUCAGCAAUUAAUUGAAAAUAGUACAACAUUCCGAGACAAGACAGAAUUUGCUCAAGAUAAAUAUAUAAAAAAGAAGAAAAAGAAAUAUGAAGCCAUGAUUACUGUUGUGAAGCCAUCCACCCGCAUUCUUUCAGUUAUGUAUUAUGCAAGAGAACCUGGAAAAAUUAAUCACAUGAGAUACGAUACACUAGCCCAGAUGCUGACGUUGGGAAAUAUCCGUGCUGGCAAUAAAAUGAUUGUGAUGGAAACAUGUGCAGGCUUGGUGCUGGGUGCAAUGAUGGAACGAAUGGGAGGUUUUGGCUCCAUUAUUCAGCUGUACCCUGGAGGUGGACCUGUUCGGGCAGCAACAGCAUGUUUUGGAUUUCCAAAAUCUUUCCUCAGUGGUCUUUAUGAAUUCCCCCUCAACCAAGUGGACAGUCUCUUAAAUGGAACAUUUUCUGCUGAGAUGUUAUCUUCAGAGCCAAAAGACAGUGCUUCGGUUGAAGGAAGUAAUGGCACACUGGAGGAAAAACAGACUUCAGAACAAGAGAACGAAGACAGCAUGCCAGAAGCCCCAGAGAGCAAUCACCCAGAAGAACAAGAAACAAUGGAAAUUGUCUCUCAAGAUCCAGACUAUAAGGAGCCUAAAGAGAGAGGAAGCAAAAAGGAUUAUAUUCAGGAAAAGCAGAGGAGACAAGAAGAGCAGAAGAAAAGACAUUUAGAGGCUGCUGCUCUGCUGAGUGAAAGAAACGCAGAUGGUUUAAUUGUAGCUAGUCGUUUCCAUCCCACUCCACUGCUGCUGUCUUUGCUCGACUUUGUGGCUCCUUCAAGGCCGUUCGUGGUCUACUGUCAAUAUAAAGAGCCUCUGUUGGAAUGCUACACAAAACUGCGGGAAAGAGGAGGGGUCAUCAAUCUCAGGCUGUCUGAAACCUGGCUCAGAAAUUACCAGGUUUUGCCAGAUCGAAGUCAUCCCAAACUACUGAUGAGUGGAGGUGGGGGGUACCUUCUCUCAGGCUUCACUGUUGCCAUGGACAACCUUAAAGCAGACCCCAGUCUCAAAUCCAGCACCAGCACUUUAGAAUCACACAAGACUGAAGAGCCAGCAGCUAAAAAACGGAAGUGCCCAGAGUCUGACUCAACCUUUCAAAAAUUGCUUUGAUUUUUGUUCUCAGACAUUAUGCAGUUAGUAAGUAAACUUUAAAUGCCAUUACUAAUUGUGUUUUCAUAUCCUAAGAAUGAGAACAUGUCUAUACCCCUGUUCGUGGGAAGGACAAGUAAGCCUUUUGUCCACCUCUGACACAGAUUGGUUCUGUCUGUCAAAACCUCGAGCCAGAAUACCCAAGCCUGGGGUAAGCAGUAGACUGGUAUAUGGCCAGUUGUGUUUAUUUCACAAAAAUCCUCUAAUUACUUUUAGUGCUCUGCGCAAAUAUCUUGAGAAUUUAGAGAUCAAAGAAAUAUAUUUAUACAAAACUUUGUUUAUAUGUUAAGCCAAGUGGAAUAACACAACAUCAGUGAAACUCGGGUACUGAAACGAAGGAAUUUGUGGAAGAAAUUUCCUCUGUUCAUUAUGUUCUCUUCAACCUAAGCAAUAUGAAUGUGUGUGAGACUUACAGUACCAAAAAUGUCCACCCUUUUCCCUCCAAUGGAAUAAACUUUUAAUAAUUUUGUAUUUUAUUAUUUUAAUAGUUGAUGACCUAGAAAAGAUCUGAGUAUUUAUUUUACUGCUGUUUUUGUCAGUAGAAAGGUGUUGUAGGGUACUUUUUUGAAUUAAUUUGCCAAUCCUCUCAUUCUUUGUUCCAAGUAAAGUGACUAGAAUUUUUGUGUACUAUUAAAUGAAA